AGGAUGUACAAAAACGAAGGGAACGAGUACUUCAGGGAGAAGGACUACAGGAGGGCUGUCGUCGCCUACACCGAGGGGCUGAAGAAGAAGUGCGAGGACCCGGAGCUGAACGCUGUGCUGCACACAAACCGAGGGGCCGCACAGUUCUACCUGGGUAACUACCGUUCUGCUCUCAACGAUGCCAUCCAAGCAAAAAAGCUGAAGCCCACCCAUCUCAAAGCAAUCAUAAGAGGAGCUCUCUGUCACAUGGAGCUAAAGAAUUUCUCUGAAGCAAUAGCAUGGUGUGAGGAGGGCCUGCGAAUAGAUUCAAAAGAGAAAAAGCUUGUGGAAAUGAGAGCUAAAGCUGACAAAUUAAAGCGAGCUGAGGAGCGGGAUGCAAGGAAAGCAAAGGUGAUGGAGAAGAAGGAGCAGUGUCAAAAGGAAAUUUUGCUUGCAGCAAUAAAGGAAAGAAAUAUCAAGCUGGUUCUUGAGCCUUCAAAUGAAGAAGAGGAAAUAUCAGAUGGUCUGGCUGAGGUAUCCUUAGAUGGGUUCCACUCUGACAAUGCCACCGGGGCAAAGGUGCACUUAGAUGCUGAUGGCAACCUGAACUGGCCUGUCCUCUUUCUGUACCCUGAGCACGAUCAAACAGACUUCAUUGCAGCUUUUCAUGAGAACUCCAGGUUUAUCGAUCAUUUGAUGGUGAUGUUUGCUGAGUUACCUCCUUGGGAUUUAGAAAGAAAAUACCUUCCCAGCAAUCUUGAGCUCUAUUUUGAAGAUGAAGAAAGAGCAGAAAUGUACAAGCUGAACCCAGAACACACAUUGCUACAAGUGCUGCAGCAUGAAAGGUAUUUUGUAAAGGCUGGGACUCCAACAGUUUUGGUAUUUGUAAAGCGUUCUCCUUUCUCUAAGAAGUACUUCUCUGGCAAGAAGGUGCAUCGAAUCUGAUGAGCAAGAAUGAAACAAGAGGAGUCCCGUGCAAGAGGCUGCAGUUUGUUAUCCCGGCUACAGACUGCAAACUUCUGCUUGAACACAAAUACCUUGGACACUUCAGGGGAGAAAUAAUCUUGGCACACAGGGAAACUUCCAGGAAAGCAGCACAGGGGAAUAAAGGGCUUACAAGAGGGGAUUAUUUGUUUAAAAAGAAAUCCAGCUGGUUUGCAGAAGGUCUCCUCUAUGAUAGGCUGCAUGUGGUUUUGAAACAAACCUGAAGCAGUGCC